ACCAUUUUGUUUACAUUUGGUUCACACAUGGUGCCUUCAGUGGAUUUUGAUUACUGAUAACUUUUCACUGAAACUUGUUUUCUGCAGGAUAUUCACACAUAUCCACAAUCAUGGACAAAAGAUGUGACACAGCAGAAAAGGUUGCUUCAUCAAACAAAUAUGUGCUAUGUAAGAUGCCAGCAGACUGGACUACUCUGCCUGUGCAUGCUGGUCUUCAGUCUCCUCGAUCCCGUAACAGUAUUGCAGUUUAUACAAAGAAAAGGUCAAACAAAAACCUUGUUUAUGAAGGCUACAUUUGUCCAACUGCUCCUGAAAGGGUGCCUAUGUCAAUGCUGCACCCACCACCAAGAGAGGAAAGCUUUGGGCAGAAGCACGCAAAACUGCGGGAGAAGAUCAGAGCUGAGGAGGCCGAGGCUGAAGCUCAGGCAAAAAUCUUCUCCGAAGAUCAAAGGAACAGAGUAGCAGAUUCUGCAGCAAGCAGCAAACCAGGCCGAGGUGUUGUCAAAGAAAAGCCAAGCACCAUGCCAGGCCGUGAGGCUGAUGAAUCAAAACAGCAGAUAAAAGAAGAGGCUAUAGCCACCAUUGAAAGUAAAAACAAACCAGAGCAUCUAAAUCUGUCCUUGCAGAGGACGGAGUCCAACACCGGUUAUCCACUUCCUCUAGAAAUCCUUGACAGAAGAAAGCGUUUACUCUCAAUACCACCUGAAGGAGAGACAGAAGAUUUUCUAUAUUGUUUUGAACCUUGGGAGAACACAGUGGACAUAGACUGUUUUUAUGCGGAGUCAUAUUCUUCUGUGCAACAGUUCAGCCCGGCCACACCGGCUGACAUGUACCACGCUCCUGAGGAUAGUGAAUUUUCCCCUGAAAUGUUCUUGAACCUGAGUUAAUGUGAAUUUUGUGAAUAAAUAUUUAGAGCAGUG